GUGGAGUUUCUGUAUACACACCACCCGUUUCCUUGGUUUCUCUGAUCUCAUGGCAGCACCCAAUCCGAUGAAGGUGAUUGGGGUUUGCAGAGUGGCUCCAACGCCUAGCUCACCUGCUUACUCGGCCGCCCAGACCUCUCUUCCUAUUACGUUCUUUGAUGUGCUUUGGUUGAAUAUGCCUCCCGUGAAACGCCUUUUCUUCUACGAAGCCUCCUAUUCAAGCACUACAUUCUCAGAGAUUGUUCUUCCUAAACUCAAGCACUCCCUCUCUCUCACACUCCACCACUACCUUCCUCUCGCCAGCAGUCUGACCUGGCCUCCAGAUUCUGAUAAACCCAUUAUCCAAUACGUUGAAGGCGAUGACGCAGUUUCACUUACCAUAGCCGAGUCUGAAGCUGAUUUCCACCAUCUCUCGAGCAAUAGCUUUCGCGAAAUCAAAGAAAUUCAACCCUUUUUACCCAACUUACCGGCCUCUGACACACGAGUACCCGCGAUGGUAUUGCAAAUCACUCUGUUUCCAAACACUGGGUUUUCUAUCGGUUACGCCACACACCAUGCAGUACUUGACGGGAAAACUGCAACUAUGUUUAUGCAGUCUUGGGCUUCCAUUUGCCAACGCGGGGGAGACUCAACAUUAACCCCUGAAUUGACUCCAUUCUAUGACAGGACAGUUAUCGAUGACCCAGAUGAUCUUGAGAAAACUUACCUAAACUUGGUAAGUAAAUCCAACAACAAAAGCCUCAUGAUAUUGGAUGUGAAUGUUUCACCUGAUGCAAUGCUUGGCACUUUCCAAUUGACACGAUCAAACAUAGAAAAUAUGAAGAAGAGGGUGAAUGGCCAGUGGCAAGAGAAGCAUAUGCAGAAGCCAUCCAUUCAUGUAUCGACCUUUACAGUAACAUGUGCCUACGUAUGGGUUUGCCUAGUUAAAGCCCUGAAAAUGAAGCCAGGGAAAGUUCAUCUUGGAUUCACCGUUGAUUGCCGGGCUCGCUUGGAACCCCCUGUCCCUUCAACUUAUUUUGGGAAUUGCGUUGCGGCUCAUGUCGGAAAUGCAGAUUCAAACGAUUUAAUAGGAGAAGAUGGGGUGGCCAUGGCAGCUAAAGCAAUUGGUGAAGUUAUAAGACGUUUGAGUGAUAGACUUCUACUAAACGAGGUCGGGCUGUCUGAAUUGGCUUCGGUAGACAUGGACAGGGUAUUUAGCAUUGCAGGUUCACCACGCUUUGAGCUUUACAAGACUGACUUUGGGUGGGGGAGACCAAGGAAGGUUGAGAUAACAUCAAUUGAUAAAAAUGGAGCCUUCUCUCUUUCAGAAUCAAGAGAUGGCGAUGGUGGGCUUCAGAUUGGGAUAAUGUUGAAGAAACACGAAAUUGAAGCCUUUGCUUCUUUGUUUGCUAGUGGUCUAGAAGCUUAUUAACAUGGGGUGCAACUAGAUAGUCUUAAAAAUUUCAUUUUUAUGAUGUGCAAGUUCUACCGACUUCACCAUGGAU